GCGUCCUCUACUACCGCCGUUCUCUCCCCCACGGGUCGGCUGCCGCUACGGGUGGUGAAAGACGACGGCGACGAGCCAAGAGGAGAGUACAGCCAACAGAGGAGAGCAGGAGAGAUCGGUUGCGGGGCGCUUGCGCGCGCACUCGCACUCGCGCCGCUCCUCGACGUCGUUUUGCAAGGAAAUUGAUUCUGCGCGAAACGCCAGGCUACGAGGGAGCAUCGUCAGAAGAGCCGGGCUCCGCAGACCGCGCACACACCGCACAGGGGGUUGUUCGCAUCGUUCGUCUCGCACGCCACACUUCUCCGAUCCGCCACUUGCACACCACUCUCUCUGUCUCGACCCGUCGGGGGCACGACGAUUCUUUCGUCGACACACCGUGCGGCACACGCUGCUAUUAUGUAAGGGGAAACGCGUCCUCCUUGUGGUCGUGGUCGUCGUCGUCGUGGUCGUCGUCGUCGUCGCCGUCGUCGUGGUUGCGAUCGUUCGCUUCGGUGCUAAGCAGCCAACAUAAUACAGGACGUGAACACGCACUGGACACGCGAAGGGGAGAGAACACGCGCUGGAAGGGCGACAUGCGAAGAGACGCGUCGCGCCGGCCGCGUUACCACCACACACAGCCGUGCCACGAUUAUCCUAACCAUCGACGAUCCGUGCAGGAGUAAGGACGUGAUAUUCCAAGGGCGAACGCUGGAGCGGAGCAUCCAUGGAACUGAAAAUCCUCUUGUUCGUUCACGUUGUGGGAAUUUGCUCCGGUUUGCGAGAGGUGCGCAUCCAGAUACCGACGGCCGUGAAGAAAGGUGACCCGGCGAUACUGAACUGCUGGUAUGACACCGAGGGGGAUCUUUUAUACGCCGUCAAGUGGUACAAAGGGGGUCAAGAGUUUUAUCGCUACGCCCCGAACGAGAUCCCGGUCGUCAAGACUUUCCCCAUCGGGAACCUGACGGUGAAGAAGAGCGAGAGCAACGCGACCCGGGUCGUGCUGACGAAUCUGGAACUGGACGCGGCGGGUGUCUACAGUUGCGAGGUGUCUGCGGACGCACCUUCCUUCCAGACGGCCUGCGUUCAAGGCACCAUGAACGUCGUCGAAUUACCCUCUCAAGGGCCGUCGAUACAUGGGUUAAGGAGGAAAUACCGGAUCGACGAUAUGCUACGUUUGAACUGCACAUCCGGACGGAGUAAACCCGCGGCCAAUCUCACCUGGUACAUCAACAGCCGACAACCGCUGAAGUCGCACGUCCGCACGUACAGUCCCUUGGACACCAACGAGUCCGAGUGGCAGAUUUCCCAGAUCGGCCUUCAGUUUCUCGUUACGCACGAGCAUUUCGCCGAGGGCAAGCUGAAAAUACGGUGUAGCGCCUCGAUAUAUGACAUUUACUGGCAGAGCACCGAGGUUAGCACCGAGGAGGACAGGCCGAGGGUGAUACACUACGAGCCAGCGGCGACCAUAGUCGGCAUCAACUACUUGCAACCACCACCCAAUUUCCAAACCGGUCAGAAGAAACCCGACGGCCAGGUCGGAGUCAAAGUUCUCGGCUCGUCCAGGUCGGAGAUGCGGCUGCCGUCGGCGCGUCUGGUCCUGGGACUGUUCGCGUUCCUUUUGAUCGCCAUUCGUUAACCGUACCGCCAUUCAACUAUCGCGCGCUUUGGAGCUGUUUGUGUAAAUCGACGUGUGCUUGUAAGGAUGUCCAGGCCGCUUUUCGUCACUCUGUGUGUGACGAUCAUCCUCCAGCGACGCGCCCUGACCCCCCUCCCGCCCCCUUUUCUGGACCACAGCGCGAGAGGAAGGAAGAAGAGGAGGAACAGAGGCGAAUUACACAAAAUUUCACCGAAACCUGGAUCAAAAGUCGAUUGUUAACCGAGUUUUCGAGAUCCCGGAUCGAGAUCGAGGCUGAAGGCGAGGGAGACGCGAAGGAGGAAGCAGAGGAGAGAAGCAAUCGACAGGGGAAAUUUGCUGGUGAAUCGCGAGGAACCGGAAAUGGCCGUUGCAUCACGUUCAUUUUGUCCAUGAUGAUGAUGAUGAUGAUGAUUAUUAUGAUGAUGAUGAUGAUGAUGAUGAUGAUGAUGAUGAUGAUCAACGAACGAACGGGUGAAAAAAGGUAUAUUCGUGGAUCGGCCAAGUGUAAAAAAAAAUUCGAGAAGAAUAUCCGAAGAAUAUUUUAUUAUUAGACACUAUGUAUGUACUUGCUUCCUUUUCGGCAGAGAUCGUCUGUGUUUGCAAUGUGUAGAUCAUAAACGCGUAGUACCGUUUCACGCGGGCGCCAUCGUUUCCAACGAGAAGAAAAUGACAUAGAUACAAGUAGUUAGUUUUCUUUUUUCGUACUUUUAUAAAACUCGACUCGAAGUACUAAACGCGCGCGCAACGUGUGCCGAUAUACAUAUAUACAUGUAUAUUCUAUAUAAUAUAUAUGUGUGUGUGUGUAUAUAUAAAUGUAUAAUCUGUCUCUCUAUCGUUCUCACUGCCGUUAGAUAUUCUCACUGCCUUUGCGCUCUCUGUUUCUUUGACUCUGUCUCUCCUUUAUCCGCGUGUCGAUUUUCAUUUCAUUUGUUAAAAAAAGAAAAAAAAAGAAAAAAAGAAAAAAAAGGGAGAAGACGGUUCGACGACGAUUUACACGAUUCGCCUAAACGAAGAGAGAGAAAGAAAGAGAGAGAGAGAGAAACGAAGUAGAAACUGAGAAACUGUGUGUGAGCAAAGUGAUGUACCUGAUGAAUCGGAUAUUCGACGAGUCAUUUUCCGUUUGCCGUUGUUACGUUUGAAUGUUCUUGCAAGCGAGGACGAUGAACAAAGUCGUAGAACGAGAUCCCUUCCCCGUACGAGAGUCGUUUGUCGUUGCAGGAAACCCUCGUGCGGAGAAGGUAGGCGGGAACGGAGAAAACAAAAGGGGAGAAUAAAGAGAAAA